AUGGUGAGGACACGGCCUGGCCCCUGCUGGGCCUUAAUGCUUCUCAUAGCUCUGCUCAAUGCCCCCUUCCCAGAGGUCACGGCAAACCGCUGCAAGAAGGCUCUGGUGAGGACCUGCACGGAGUGUAUUCGGGUGGACAAGGACUGCGCAUACUGCACAGAUGAGACAUUCAGGGACCGUCGCUGUAACACCUUGGAGGAACUGGUGGCCGCUGGCUGCCAGCAGGAGAGCCUGGUGGUCAUGGAGAGCAGCCUGGAAAUCACAGAGGAAAGCCUCAUCGACACCACCCUACGCCGAAGCCAGGUGUCCCCGCAGGGUCUGCGGGCCCGGCUUCGGCCCGGUGAGGAGCGAGAGUUUGACCUGGAGGUGUUUGAGCCCCUGGAGAGCCCGGUGGACUUGUACAUCCUUAUGGACUUCUCCAACUCCAUGUCGGACGAUCUGGACAACCUCAAGACGAUGGGGCAGAACCUGGCCCAGCUCCUCAGCAGGCUCACCAGCGACUACACUAUUGGAUUCGGCAAGUUUGUGGAUAAAGUGAGCGUCCCACAGACGGACAUGAGACCCGAGAAGCUGAAGGAGCCCUGGCCCAACAGCGACCCCCCCUUCUCCUUCAAGAAUGUCAUCAGCCUGACAGAGGACGUGGAGGAGUUCCGGACCAAACUGCAGGGGGAAAGGAUCUCGGGGAACCUGGAUGCACCUGAGGGCGGCUUUGACGCCAUCCUGCAGACCGCCGUGUGCACCAGAGACAUCGGUUGGCGCCCCGAGAGCACCCACCUACUGGUGUUCUCUACUGAGUCUGCAUUCCACUACGAGGCAGAUGGUGCCAAUGUGCUGGCUGGCAUCAUGCGACGCAAUGACGAGGAGUGCCACCUGGAUGCCACGGGCACCUACACCCAGUACCGGACCCAGGACUACCCCUCAGUGCCCACGCUUGUGCGCCUGCUGGGCAGACAUAACAUCAUCCCCAUUUUCGCUGUCACCAACUACUCCUACAGCUACUACGAGAAACUGGGCUCCUACUUCCCUGUGUCCUCGCUGGGAGUGCUCCAGGAGGACUCAGCCAACAUCCUGGAGCUGCUGGCGGAAGCCUUCGAUCGCAUUCGCUCCAACCUGGACAUCCGGGCCCUGGACAGUCCCCGAGGCCUAAAGACAGAUGUCUCCUCCUUCAUGUUCCAGAAGACCAAGACAGGGUCCUUCCAUAUCCGGCGAGGGGAAGUGGGUACAUACCGCGUGCAGCUCCGGGCUGCAGAGGAAGUGGAUGGCACACAUGUGUGCCAGCUGCCAGAAGAGGACCAGAAAGGCAACAUCCACCUGAAGCCGUCCUUCUCCGAUGGGCUCCACAUGGAUGUGGGUGUCAUCUGUGAAGUGUGCGCAUGCGAGCAGCAAAAGGAGUCUCGUUCAGCUCGCUGCCACUUCAAUGGGGACUUCAUGUGUGGCCACUGUGUGUGCAUGGAGGGCUGGAGCGGCAAAACUUGCAACUGCUCCACGGGCUCGCUGAGCGACACGGCGCCCUGCAUGAAGGACGGUGAGGACAAGCCCUGCUCGGGCCACGGGGAGUGCCAGUGCGGCCGCUGCGUAUGCUACGGCGAGGGCCGCUACGAGGGCCAGUUCUGCGAGUACGACAACUUCCAGUGUCCCCGCACGUCCGGCUUCCUCUGCAACGAUCGAGGCCGCUGCUCCAUGGGCCAGUGUGUGUGCGAGCCUGGCUGGACAGGUUUGAGCUGUGAUUGUCCACUUAGCAAUGCCACCUGUAUCGACAGCACUGGGGGCAUCUGUAACGGGCGUGGACACUGCGAGUGUGGACGCUGCCACUGUAGCCAGCACUCGCUCUACACUGACACGGUCUGCGAGAUCAAUUACUCAGCGGUCCGCCUGGGCCUCUGUGAGGACCUGCGUUCCUGCGUGCAGUGCCAGGCCUGGGGCACUGGGGAGAAAAAAGGGCGCACUUGCGAGGAGUGCAGCUUCAAGGUCAAGAUGGUGGACGAGCUCAAGAAAGCCGAGGAGGUGGUGGAGUACUGCUCCUUCCGGGACGAGGAUGAUGACUGCACCUACAGCUACACAGUGGAGGGUGAUGGCGCCCCCGGCCCCAACAGCACGGUCCUGGUGCACAGGAAGAAGGACUGUCCUCCCGGUUCCUUAUUGUGGCUCAUCCCGCUGCUCAUUUUCCUGCUGCUGCUGCUGCCGCUGCUGCUGCUGCUCUGCUGGAAAUAUUGUGCCUGCUGCAAGGCUUGCCUGGCGCUAUUCCCCUGCUGCAACCGAGGCCACAUGGUGGGUUUCAAGGAGGACCACUACAUGCUUCGAGAGAACCUCAUGGCCUCUGACCACCUGGACACUCCCCUCCUGCGCAGUGGGAACCUCAAGGGGCGCGACACGGUCCGCUGGAAGGUCACCAACAACGUGCAGAGGCCCGGCUUUGCCUCCCGUAUGGGCAGUGCCAACCCCUCCGAGCUGGUGCCCUACGGGCUGUCCCUGCGCCUCAACCGCCUUUGCACCGAGAACCUGCUGAAGCCUGACACUACCGAGUGCGGACGGCUGCGCCAGGAGGUGGAGGAGAAUCUGAACGAGGUGUACAGGCAGGUCCCAGGUGCUCACAAGCUCCAGCAUACCAAGUUCCGGCAGCAGCCCAAUGCAGGGAAAAAGCAGGACCACACCAUUGUGGACACUGUGCUCACGGCACCCCGAUCAGCCAAGCCGUCUCUGCUGAAGCUGACAGAGAGACAUGUGGAGCAAAGGGCCUUCCACGAGCUCAAAGUGGCCCCCGGCUAUUACACCCUCACUGCCGAGCAGGAGGCCCGUGGCAUGGUGGAGUUCCAGCCUGGUGUGGAAAUGGUGGAUGUGCGGGUACCCCUCUUCACCCGCCUUGAUGAUGACGACGAGAAGCAGCUACUGGUGGAGGCCAUCGAUGUGCCCGUGGGCACUGCCACCCUGGGCCGCCGGCUGGUGCAUAUCACCAUCAUCAAGGAGCAAGGCAACGGUACUGUGUCGUUCGAGCAGCCUGAGUACGUGGUGAGCAGAGGGGACACGGUGGCCCGCAUUCCCAUCGUCCGGGACUCUGGGAACAACGGCAAGUGCCAAGUGUCCUACCGUACGCAGGACGGCUCUGCCCAAAGCAGGCGGGACUAUGUGCCUGCUGAGGGUGAGCUGCUGUUCCAGCCCGGAGAGUCCUGGAAGGAGAUGCAGGUGAAGCUCCUGGAGAUGCAGGAGAUGGAUUCCCUCCUGCGCGGCCCCCAGACCCGCCGCUUCCAGGUCCAGCUCUUCAACCCUAAGUUUGGGGCCCGUUUGGGCAAGCACCCAGCAGCCACCGUCAUCAUUGGUGACCGAGAUGAAGUGGAUGGAAACUUCAUGAACCAGACCCUGCUAGGGGCCGUCCCACCAUCAGGUGUGGACCUAGGAGCUCCUCAGAGCCCCAACGCCAAGGCCGCGGGGUCCCGGAAGAUCCACUUCAAUUGGCUGCCCCCUCGUGGCAAGCCCAUGGGGUACAGGGUUAGGUACUGGAUCCAGGGGGACCCCGAAUCAGAAGCACACCUGCUGGACAGCAAGGUGCCAUCUGUGGAGCUCACCAACCUCUACCCACACUGCGACUAUGAGAUGAAGGUCUGCGCUUACGGGGCGCAGGGUGAGGGGCCCUACAGCACCCUGGUAUCCUGCCGCACCCACCAAGAAGUACCCAGCGAGCCGGGCCGAUUGGCUUUCAACGUUGUGUCCCCCACUGUGACGCAGUUGAGCUGGGCAGAGCCGGCAGAGCCCAAUGGCGAGAUCACGGCCUACGAGGUCUGCUAUGGACUGGUCAACGAGGACAAUCGCCCCAUUGGGCCCAUGAAGAAGGUGCUGGUGGACAGCCCCCGCAAGCGCAUGCUGCUCAUCGAGAAUCUGCGGGAGUCACAGCCUUACCGCUACACCGUCAAGGCCCGCAACGGCGCAGGCUGGGGGCCUGAGAGGGAGGCGCUCAUCAACCUGGCCACGCAGCCCAAGAGGCCCAUGUCCAUCCCCAUCAUUCCUGACAUCCCCAUCGUGGAUGCACAGUGCGGGGAAGAGUAUGACAGUUACCUCAUGUACAGCGACGAAGUGCUGCGUUCCCCGAGUGGCAGCCAGAGGCCCAGCGUCUCCGAUGACACGGAGCACCUGGCAAACGGACGUGUGGACCUGGCCUUCCCGGGCAGUGCCAGCUCCCUGAACAGGAUGACAGUGGCCAGUGCCGCCUACGGCACCCACCUGAGCCCGCACCUGGUACCGCGCAUGCUCAGCUCCUCGGCCACCCUCACCCGCGACUACCACUCGUUGACUCGCACUGAGCGCUCACUGCCUGCCACCCUGCCCCGGGCCUGCACUACUCUGGGCUCCCUGCCACCCCACAGCCUCCCUCCCAUCUGGGAAGGCGGCAGAACCAGGCUCCCGCUGUCCUGGGCCCUGGGCUCCCGGAGCUGGGAGAAGGUGAAGGGGUCCCCCACCUGUGGGGACUCGAGAGACUCUAUAAUCCUGACUGGGCAGCCGGCAGCGCCCUUAGGGGGCCCAGUCUCCCGCUCGACCACGGGCAUCACCCCUAGCCGCCUGGUGUUCUCGGCUCUGGGCCCCACAUCUCUGAAAGUGAGCUGGCAGGAGCCACAGUGCGAGCAGCCGCUGCAGGGGUACAGCGUGGAGUACCAGCUCCUGAAUGGCGGCGAGGUGCACCAGAUAAGCAUCGCCAACCCCAGCCAGACGUCGGUGGUGGUGGAGAACCUUCUGCCCAACCACUCUUAUGCCUUCCGCGUGCGGGCCCUGAGCCCCGAGGGCUGGGGCCCCGAACGGGAAGGAGUCAUCACCAUCGAGUCCCAGGUGCACCCCCAGAGCCCUCUCUGCCCGUUGCCAGGCUCUGUCUUCACCUUGAGCACCCCCAGCGCCCCGGGCCCACUGGUGUUCACCGCGCUGAGCCCAGACUCCCUGCAGCUGAGCUGGGAGCGGCCUCGCAGACCGGAUGGGGAUAUCCUGGGAUACCUGGUGACCUGUGAAAUGGCCCACGGGGCAGACCUGGCCACCACGUUCGUGGUGGAUGGCGAUGCCCCCGAAAGCCGGCUGACCGUUCCGGGCCUCAGCGAAAACGUGCCCUACAAGUUCAAGGUGCAGGCCAAGACCACCAACGGCUUCGGGCCUGAGCGGGAGGGGAUCAUCACCAUUGAGUCUCAGGAUGGAGGCCACUUCACGCAGCUGGGCAGCGCCCCAGGCUUCUUCCAGCACACGCUGCCCCCCGAGUACAGCAGCCUCACCACCACCACCACCACCCUGGGCAGUGCCACGGAGCCCUUUCUCCUGGAUGGGAUGACCCUAGGGUCCCAGCGCCUGGAGGCAGGUGGCUCCCUCACCCGGCAAGUGACACAGGAGUUCGUGAGCCGGACCCUGACCACCAGCGGGACCCUCAGCCGCCAGGUGGACCAACAGUUCUUCCAGACCUGAGCCCCCCUCCCGGCUAUCCACCCCCUGCAGCUAGUCCCUCUACACCUGAUGACAAUUUAGCGACCCCUACCAAAAAGCCCAAAGCCCGGCAGAGUCCCCACUCCUGCCCCAGCCCAUCCGUAACCAAAGCACUGGGACCCACACACGGGCCUAACUUUAUUCUGCACUUAAUAAAGGGUGUUGCUAGCGACCA